GGGGUGGGGGUGACGACAUCAGAAUGCGUCGCCGUCACCGCAGCUGCCAUCACCGCCAUGAACAGCGUCGGGGAGGCUUGCACUGACAUGAAGCGCGAGUACGACCAGUGCUUCAACCGCUGGUUUGCUGAGAAGUUCCUCAAAGGGGACGGCUCCGGGGACCCGUGCACCGACCUCUUCAAACGCUACCAGCAGUGUGUGCAGAAAGCAAUCAAGGAGAAAGAGAUUCCUAUUGAAGGCCUGGAGUUCAUGGGCCAUGGCAAAGAAAAGCCUGAAAACUCCUCUUGACCUGCCUGCCACUUGGAAGACAUCAGUAAAGUGAGAGGCUUCUGGAUUCUGUCAGCGAAGGCUGUGAAGCUAGCAUGGGAUUCCAAGAUGUUAAAGGUGUUCUCCUCCAUUCGGAAGCUGUCAUUCCUGCUUUGAGGCAACUUCACUUUUGCUGGCAUCCUGAGGAACUCCUCGUGCCACAGCAGAACAGCUUCUUGGGGUUAUGGUUGCAAACUAUGGUCUGGCAUCAGCUUUAACUGGUCCUUGGAUGUGGGUAUGGUAAACUGGUCAGGAUUAAGGCUGGCAGCGUUUGCUGCAGAGGACCUGGGUGGACUAUGGGAGGCAUUGCUCACGGGGGUCGGUCAGGACCUCUUUUUCCUCUCAGGGAUGCUCUGAAAAGGGAUGCGGACACAACCGGUUCAAUCACUGCUUGGAAACAUGAUUGUAAUUUUAUAGUAACGCUUCCGACUGCUGGUGGCCUGGGUUAUGGAAGAAGACAGCUUUGCGGAGCUCUUGCCUUAACGAGGUGUCAGCUUACCAUUCAGAAUCUUCAGAAAUGACAUAAACACCAACUUUGGAGCUCACAGCGUUGCUGCUCACAACUCCAACCCCUGGGGUGGCCGUGCAAGAGUCAUCUGCGUCCCAGGUUUGCUGUUGCUAACUUUCAACUCCAUGAGUUCAAGUCAGUGUGCAGAUCACAUAAAAGGCGACUGUGUCCGGCUAUGUGGGGAAAGGUGCUUACUGAUUUUUGUUUGCCUACCAUGCCCUAAGUCUGUAAUCAUGAAAUGAAAUAAAUCCUAAAAUUCAAACUUUA